GAGCAAGGAAGGGUGGGAGAGAGACAGAGAAAAAGAGGUUCAGAAAGCAGAGCCCUCAUAGGGUAGCAGCAUCUCAACAAAACACACUCACAAACACACUCGCUCACAGGAGGAGCAGGAAAACAAAGACGCCAAACACUCUGAAAUCUCCUCCGUAGAAGAAACAGCAGACGCAAAAGCCUUCAGAUGGGGCCCGGAUUGUUCUGGAACUUCCCCUCCAAGACUAGCUGCACGGUUUCACAGACCCUGCUGCAGACGAUGUUGCUCUCCAAGAUGGCUGGCAUGAAGGAACAGCAAUUCAUCGAGGAGAAGCCACUACUUCCAGAAACCAGAGGCCAAGACACAGAAAUGGCGAGAGGAGCGUGUGUGAACGCAGGACCCUGCCCCCAGCCAGCACGCCCUACCCGCAAGUGGCAUGAGAUCGCUCGCCAUUGGCUCGGUGUGACACGCCGCCACCGGACCAGCGGGGGGUGCAUCCUGGAGAACUGUGAGAGCUUCAUGCCUGUAGGAGACUGGAAGGAACAUGAUAUUGAGACUCCCUAUGGAAUGCUGCAUGUGGUGAUCCGUGGGGCUCCGAAGGGCAACAAGCCUGCGAUACUCACCUACCACGAUGUGGGACUCAAUCAUAAGCUGUGCUUCAAUACCCUAUUUCAUAAUGAGGAUAUGCAGGAGAUCACUAAACAUUUUGUGGUUUGCCACAUCGAUGCUCCUGGCCAACAAGUCGGAGCCCCUCAGAUGCCAGCAGGAUACCAGUACCCCACCAUGGACAAUCUGGCAGGUAUGCUGCCCAGCGUGGUGGAGCACUUUGGAUUUAAGAGCAUUGUGGGAAUUGGAGUAGGAGCUGGUGCAUACAUCCUCGCGAAGUUUGCUCUGAUCUUUCCUGACCUCGUCGAGGGUUUAGUUCUGCUCAACAUAGACCCAAACGGGAAAGGUUGGAUCGACUGGGCUGCUUCCAAACUAUCUGGAUUGACCAGCACGCUGCCUGACACAGUCCUGCCUCACCUCUUCAGCCAGGAGGAGCUGAUGAACAACAGUGAGCUGGUGCAGAGCUACCGGCAGCAGAUCAACAACACAAUCAACCAGUUCAAUCUGCAGCUGUUCUGGAACAUGUACAACAGCCGUAGAGAUCUGGAGAUGAAUCGCAGUGGGACUGUACUCAACGCCAAGACACUCAGAUGCCCAGUGAUGCUGGUGGUUGGAGAUAAUGCUCCAGCUGAGGAGGGUGUGGUUGAGUGCAACUCCAAGCUGGACCCGACCAACACCACGUUCCUGAAGAUGGCUGACUCGGGUGGACUGCCUCAGAUCACACAGCCUGGAAAACUGACGGAGGCCUUUAAGUACUUUCUGCAGGGCAUGGGCUACAUCGCGUCUAUAAAGGAUCGGAGGAUGAGUGGAGGGCCAGGUAUUUCCUGUUUCCUCUCCUGCCUCCUCCAUCUGAAACUAAUUUUUCACUCUGUUGGAUCUUCCCAUCCCUCCUUUCUUUUGUUGACCCUGUUUGAAUGUGUGAUUUCUGUUGGUUUGUUGUCAUUUUGCAGACCAGCCAUCAAAAUGUCCCAUCAUGCUCUCUGCAUGGCCGACUACACCGGCUCUGGCCAAAAAGGGAGAAAUGCUUGCGAAAUAGGUUUAAUGGUCACAACUGCACACAAGUUAUAUACAAUACUGCCACAUUAAAGACAACAGGAGGCUUGCUCAACCAGAGAGCUUGCAAAUGUGUAUUAGCACGAUGCUUGAGAAUGUUCUGAUGAGGAUGUUGUAUGACCUGAGGAUGUGAGAAAGGUGAAAAUUUAUGGAGAAUGAGACCUGAGAACAUACCCCCCAGCUGUGAAACUCGUGCAUUGUUCCAACGCUGCUUCUGAUGGGCCCUUGUCAAUGUCUUCUCAGUUUUAAAAUAUACCACAGAACACACAAAUGCUAAUAUAUCAAGAUUCCAGUCAGUUAACUUUCUAACCUUGUUUAUAGUCCUUUUAUUUUGAAAGUUAUUAUUUGUUGAAACUCAAGUCUCAGCUAAUAUGCUGCAUUAUACAACAGUACCAUUGAAGUCUCGAAUUCUGAGCGGUC